GCGAUUGAAAUGUGGCAAACUUACAGCGCAGACGUAUAUAUGUCUGCUGUUUAAGGUUAACAAUACAUGUACCUACAAAAUGGAAGGAAGUUCGCAAAAUGAUAACCAACGUGUAUCGAAAUGCACAUUUAAAGAUAUCCUCAUUAGUCCAAACAAUGAUGACAUCAUCAUUCCAAUCAGUGCCACGUUCGACAAAGCCGUAUUACACAUUGGUAUAGGAAACGGAUGUGGUAUAUUUAUAGAGAAGUUUGGUGUGAAGAAUGGCAAAGAGUUGAAAACUUCAGUGAAACAUGCCACCCGAAGAUUCACAGACGCUCGUCACGAGAGAAAAAACAAAGUUAAAGACCUAAAAGCAAGUAAAAGUGAAGAUGUUCAAAAUAUUGUAGCUGAAAGUGUCGAAAAGAUUACAAGAGACAUUCCAAGUAUGAAAGAGAUUGAUUGGCAGCUGGCUAAGCUAGUCGACCAUCUUUUGGUUAAGGCACCAACGGAUAUCAAAAGUGCUACAGAUAGAAUAUCAGACACUAAACCUCUGAAAGAAAAUAAGUCUUUAAAUAUCGAAAACGACAUUGCUACCAAUGCAAUAGGAACAGUUUUCACAUCUGAAAUUAAGAAUGAUGUAGAUCUACGUCGAAAACCAAUGCAUGAAAAAGAAAUUGCUGACAUUGCUACACCAAAUUUGAUUGAGCCAAAUAUUAACACUCCUUUGUACAGGCUUAAUGAAACACAUUUUAAAGCAGAGAGGUCAUCUUCAUUUGAAGCCAUUGAUAAAGUAUAUCAAAAUGAAAUGUUAGAGAUUGCUAUUGAUACAGAAGCAGGUUUCAGUACACCAAAUUGCAUUCGGCCGUCGACUGAAACAGGUUUUCCACUUACAGACGAUAUGCAUGUAUAUCUGGAUGAAGUAUUUGUAAUCUCAAAACGAGGUUCUCAAAUGUUUGAUGAACAUGUUAAAACAACUAUAGAAAAGAGAAGAAAAGACAAACAACUAAAGAAUGUAUUCGAAAGCGAUCCGACGAGUGCAGAGAAUGAUUACACAGUAGAAGACAGCAAUUUGUUUGCAGACGUUUUAGACAAAGACCAAAUUGGUCCAAUUUCAUCUCAUCCAAUUGUAGACAGAACAGCGGAUAACAACAGCGAUACUUUGAAUCGUAUCGGCCCGGAUACGUUUGGUGACAUUCUAGAUAAAGAGUCAGAUGAUUCAGUGAAUAAAGAUAUAGGUGAAGUUGAAGAAAUGUCAGACAGUGACACACAAGAUGAUACCUUACAUAUAGAAUCAGAUGACAAAAUCGUAGACAUAAUAGAAUCAGAUGACGAUAGUGUAGACUUAGAAGCAAUAGCUCUCCAAGAUCAAGAUGAAAUCGACAUAACAGAAGCCAGGAAUGACAUUGAUGAUACAUAUAUUACAUACAGCGAUGUUGUUGACGGUGAUGAUAACCUGUUUGGUAUCAUGGACAUUUACAUAAAGAGUGAUCUACACUUCGACUUACACAACAUACCAGCAUCAGCCGAGCAUUGUGACCAGAAGAAAGACUUUGGAUAUAAAUUCUUUUCAUUAAAAACUUUCUUUAAAUAAUAUAAUAAAGAUUAGAAAAAUA